CUUAUAUGCCCAAGGCCGGCACUUAUACAGCGAGAUCCAUCGUGGACCUAUUCGGGACGUUCGAUGAUGUGCCCCAUGGGACCUCAGAAGGGGUCCGAUUCUCUUCCUCAGCAGCAGCAGCUGCCAAUGCGAGGAGAGGGGCUGACGGCUCUAAAGGCGUUGCUGCUUCCAACGUCUUCGUCACGGCUCAUGCUUUGAGUUUCAGAAAGAGGCUCAGAUACAUAGUCGCUUGCUGCCAACCGUCCCAGUGGAUCUUGCUGGCGCUCUUGGGCUUCGUCACGGCCGUAUUGGCCUUCACAAUUGAGCUUUCUGUCACUAAAAUAUACGAACUCCGAGCGGAGUACCUGCCAGUGUGGGCGUGGUUACUAACAGCAGCCGUACUAGCAGCAUUCGCUGUACUGUGCGUCCACAUAGGCUCACCGGCAGCAGCAGGGUCGGGCAUCCCCGAGAUGAAGGUUACUCUUACUGGAGAGGAUGUUGACGAUUUCCUAUCACUUCGUACUCUCUUUGCGAAGACCUUUGGUUUAGUUGCUGUGCAAGCGGCUGGGCUCUCCCUAGGCAGCGAGGGGCCCUUUAUACACAUCGCUGGCUGCGUGGCUGUAGCGUUGUGUACGUAUCUCCCACAGGCUUGGUUUUACAGAUACAUCAACGUCGAGACCUAUCGACUGCAGUUACUAGCGGUAGCUGUGAGUGCUGGUGUGACGGCAACCUUCGGAGCACCAGUGGGAGGUGUAUUAUUCUCGAUAGAAGUUACCGCAACUUUCUUUUUCGUAUCGUCAUUAUGGAAAGGAUUCUACACAGCAAUUGCUUGUAUGGUUGUGUUCAGGCUAGCACGCCUUGUGCCCGUGAUCGAGCUCUUUCAAAUUGACACGCUCCCACCCUUAACUAUCACUCUGGAGAUCUUCGCCUUCAUCAUAUUAGCGGUCCUCUGUGGGGUUCUAUCUGGCGUCAUAGUGUUCUUCGUCGGUGUCCUAAAUUCUAUCACCAAGAGGUUUCCCAUCCCCAUGCGUUAUGUUUGGGUAACAGGAGUUGCCCUCGUCGACGCCGGAGUUGCAUACGCGUCUCCAUUGCUGUGGCAGUUGGAUAGGGGGCUCCUUGGCGACAUGCUUGUUGUAUCCCAUCACGAGGCGGCCAAUGAUGUCAUUAACCAGGCGGGGAAUCUUGCAAUUGUCUUCAUCGCUAAGAUAUGCCUGAUGAUUGUGUCCAUGAGUUGUUGGGUGCCAACAGGGCUCUUUCUCCCAGUAUUCACCAUUGGAGCGGUAUGGGGUCGUCUCUAUGGGCUUUUAGUACACGAACUGUUAGCCCAAAGCUAUGCCUUCGCACCGCCUGCUGUGUACGCUCUAGUAGGCGCGAUAUGUCUUACUGCUGGAGUUACUCGGACCAUCUCGGUGGCCGUUAUUGCAUUUGAGCUUACUGGGCACAUCCACCAGAUGUCUGUUAUCGUCAUAAGUACAGUAGUAGCAUAUGCAGUAGCAGCGUUAUUUACUACCUCGAUCUAUGAUGUCCUCCUCCACUUGAAGGGGCUUCCAUACGUACCACAUUUGCGUCCCCCAGAACUGUAA